AUGCAACCUGCUGUUUUCAGGGCCCUGCUGCACUUCAUCUAUACCGAUUCUUUGCCAGGUGGUGAGGAUGAGGAUACUGAGAUGGCCCAGCUUUUACUGGUGGCUGCGGACAGAUAUGCCAUGGAGAGGCUCAAGCUGGUUUGCCAAAGCAUACUUUGCAAGGAUCUGAAUGUGGACACUGUGGCAACCACAUUGGCUUUAGCUGACCAACAUAACUGCGAUGAACUUAAGGAUGGUUGCCUUGAAUUUAUCGAAAUUUCAGAUACCAAUGCUAUGGAUGAUGUAGUGGCAACCCAAGGUUUCAAGGAUCUGAAAGUGACUUGUCCAUCUCUCAUAGUGGACGCAUUAGAGAAGAGAAGGAAGUUUCGUAAGGCAUGA